CACCAUUUGAACAUAUCGAACAGAACUGUGACGCGCUCCCACUGUGGUGCCAUUGGCCUGGAACCGAGUAAUAUCACCUGCAGCUCCCAAGCUCCAAGACUCUGACGUCCACAUCCUCAGCUCAUAUUCUGCCCUUACUCAUCACACCAUUGCAUUCCUAGCAUUCGAGCCAGAGCUCUCACACCACACCACACGCCCCAACGACACACCCCAACCAUACAUCACAGCACACAAUGUCUCCCCUCUCAGUACCCAAGAUCUUCAUGGCUGGCGGUGCCGUCGGCUUCGGUUACUACCUGUACAUGCGCCAAUACUGGUUCCCCAACCCCUACAAGACACAGGGCGUCGAGAACAUUGAGAAUCGCUUCUCCUCUGGUGGAGGCCACCCCACACAUGCGCCUGCUCAGGCUAGCCAACGAGGUACAGCAUCAGACAACGAGGGCAGGAAAGAGGGUGGCAGCAACAAGGGCCCCGACUCGGAGCACUUCAAGGGCAACCACUCGCCCCAGCAGAGCGAGGCAAGCACCAAACGAGCAUGGUGAAGUUCAAUUGCUGACAACAUGCAGCCUGUCUGGCCGGCUAAGUUCUACGAGCAGCAGCUCAACAAUCCCAAGGGCAAAUAAGCAGCUCGUCUCAGCCAUUGAGCGCGCACGUAC